AAGAGGGAAGGAAAGAAAGGGAGGGAAGGAAGGAUGGGAGGCCCCCAAAUCGCGGCUCGCAUAAAGAGAAGCCGGGAGGAGUCGCCCACCUGCCCGUCCUCCUGGCUGCCCCCGAAGCGAUCGUCCGCUUUUGGGGCGUCGGGAGCGGCGGGGGAGGGAAGGGGAGGGAAAGGAGGCCCGAUCUCUCCCCCACCCCAUCCCACCUCCUCUCCCCCCUCCCGACCAUCCACCGCCUUCCCAUCCCGCGCGCGCCCGGCCUGCCCGGCUCGCCCCCUGUUCCCCCCCCCCAUCCCUUCUCUCCUCCUCCUCCUCCUCCUCCUCCUGGAGAGAGAAAAAAAAAAGGGGGGUGACCCAUCUUCGCCCUUCCCCCCCCCCCCAAAAAAAGACAGCCGCAGAGUCUCCAGCUUUUUGCCCAGGUACAGCUGGCAGCCAUGCGCUGGUGGGUGGUUCUGCUUCUCGUGGCAGCCGCCUGGGCUGUGGGUGCCCACGCCAAGGGGUGCAAUAAAGCACUUUGUGCGAGUGAUGUCAGCAAGUGUUUGCUGCAGGAAAUGUGCCAGUGCAAAGCCAACCGUACCCGUUGCUGUCGGCAGUGCGCCUUCUGCCUGGCUAAACUCUGGGACCCUUGCUGCGAUUGUGUAGGUCUAUGCGACGAACGCAUCUCAUCCGCUCCUCAGCCUGCCCAACGAAGUUCCAUGCACGAUUUGGUGUCACCGGUCCCGUCCCUGUUUCGGGCGCUCCUGGCACUCUCCAACAAUCACCCUUCUCUCGGCUGGAGCAUCGUGACUCUGUCGUUAGAAGAGGAACUGCGGCAAAACCACGUGGAUACCGGACAUCUUCUGCUGGGACCACAUACAGACCUGGCGCUCCCGGAUCCCGCCGCCGCCAAGGGCCCGAAUGCGACGGCGCCAGCUUGCCAGUCCAUUUACUUCAACGACUGCCUGUCCAUGAGCCGAUGCCGCGCAGCCUGCCAGUCGGUGGGCGCCUGGCGUUACCGCUGGUUUCACAGCGCCUGCUGCCAAUGCCUGGGGCCGGAUUGCCAGGGCUACGGAGGUGCCCACGCCAAUUGCUCCAACUGCCAGGACUGAGUUGGGGGGGUUGCUUUCUCCUUCCUUGACUCGCAGAGCGUCACCUCGCCUGCACUUUUCUGCGCAGCCUCUCCCUCUUGCAAACUGCACGCAGCCAUUACAGGUAGUCCUCGACUUACGACCACAAGGGAGGCCAACAUUUCUGUUGUUAAGCGAGGUAUUUGUUAAGUGAAUUUGGCCCCGUUUUAUGGCCUUUCUUGGCCCGUUGUUAAGUGACUCGCCGCAGUCGAUAAGUUAGUAACACGGUUGUUAAAGUGAAUCUGGUGUCCCCCGUGAUUUUUUUUUUUGUCAGGUCGCAAAAGGGGAUCCCGUGACCUUGGGACGCAGCAAAGGUCAUAAGUCCGAAUCCGCUGCCAAGCAUCGGAAUUUUGAUCCCAGGAUCAUGGGGUUGUUAAAAAGGUCAUAAGUGUGAAACAUAAGUCACUUUUUUCAGUGCUGUUAUAACUUUGAACCGUCCCUAAAUGAACUACUGUAAGUCGAGGACUUAGCUGUAUUGCUUCCUGCUUCUGCCUACUUUCUAAACCCAGAUAUUUUCAGCAUGGAGAACAAGUUUGGAGGGGGGCACAAAAGACCACUGCCCAGCCCAGACUUUCCCUCUGCAGUUGGGGGAGGGUCCAUCUGUCCUGGGACCUCACCUUGGACAUUAUUCCUUCCUUCCUUCCCCUCCCCACCCCCCGCCCCACCUGGCCUCUCAGUUUUGCUGAAAUCAGCCUUGCCCACAAAUCCUCGAAUCCUUUCUUUUAAUGAUAAAAUAUCUUUGUAGCAUUUUGUAGUAAUAAAAAUAAUGGGGGAAACAGGGUUGUCUGAAAGUAUCGGAGGCACAAAGUCGGCAUGAAAGCAAAUGA